AGGGCUCAAGCACUCCAUGCAAGAUCUCGGCCAAUGUAACCCCGGUCCCACCGCCUCACCGCCUCCGCUUGCGGCUUUGCGCUAGGUCCGUGGAUGAGACUCGCAGAUGGGGCUCCUGCCUAGCUGGAUCGAAGAGAGCCUGCCGGACCCCGAUCAUGUUUUCGCCUACGACACCGUGAAGCUGGUGCGGAUCUUGGACCGCCGGCUCGGGUUCAUCUACUGGGGCGUCCAGGCGCUGGUCGCCUUUUAUAUGAUAGUGAUCGUCUUCAUCAUCAACAAGGCGUACCAAGAUACGGAGAAGUCCACAGGCUGGAUGCUCACCAAAGUCGUGAAGCCUCAGAUCUCGCACCUGGGGGUCUCCUGGGACGUCUUCGACCGUGUGACCAACCCGGGCGAGUCGGGCGCCGUCUUCAUCCCUACCCGCGUGCUCAUCACCAGAGGGCAGACGCAGGAGGACGAGUACUGCGAGUCCCCGUCCCAUCCGUGCAAAGAAGCACGUGACUGUCGCGUGGGAGACCCGCAGAUCCAGAAGAUGGAGUGUCAGAACGGUUUCUGCCUGCGGCGGCAAUGGUGCCCCGCGGAGAAUCCCAACUGGGCCACCACCGAGACCCACUACCUGGAUUUCGACAAGGUGGAGCUGUGGUUCAAGUCCUACGUGCAUUACCACAAGUUUGGCCUGGAUGUGACCACUGCGGACGAGAAAGAGUCCAUUCCAUACCCACAGAGGGGGGCCAACACCUAUCGCCUGCAAGACCUCAUCCGCAUGACCAACUAUGCCCCAGAGGAGUUUGUGGAGAACGGGGCGGUGAUGACACUGAACGGCCUGUACUACUGCAACCUCGAUACCGAGCUCUGCGAGAUGAAGGUGGAGACGGCGAACGUCGACACCAAGACGGGCUUUAACCACGUCUAUCAGAAUGUGUACUUCGAGAACGGAGUCCGGAAGCGGGACGUCUACCGCAUGUUCGGCAUCCGCAUUGUGACUUCAGCGACAGGCUUCGGCGGCAAGACCAAGUUCUCGCAGAUCGUGCUGCAGCUGUCCUCCGGCAUCGCCUUGCUGGGCACGGCGGAGCUGAUCGCGGACUUCUGGCUCAUGAACUGCGUGCCGGAGCGCAGGCAUUACACCGAGCAAAAGGUCCGCCAGAUGGCGAGCAGCGACUGACUCGACCGGGUCCCGGACCGCCUCGAAGGACUUCAAUGGCCAAAACAACUAUCCAUCAGCUUGACUCGGCAUGCAGAUGAUUGAAC